GAUUUUGAUACUGAGGAAACCCGCUGCACAGCUUUCCUGGCCCCACUGAGAUACGUAAUGGCUCCGCUCUACGCUGUGACCACAGAGGACCACUAUGAUGAUUACAAGCGGGCAGAAACCAGUAGCAAGCUAGUGGGCGUUUUCUCCAGCAGAGAGCGCGCCUUGAAGGUCGCUAUCCUGCGUCUUAUCGAGGACAUACGAGAGCAACUAAUCGACAGAGCUGAUAACGAGGGGAAAUCACUGACAGAAGCAUUGCGCGAGUUCUGUACGAGCUGCACGGCGGAAUCGUUCGAUGUAAGCCAGGGAUUUGAGAAAGUGCAAGAGCUGGCAGAGGAGGUGUACGGAGAACCGGAGUUUACGAUGGAAUCGUCUGGAGUCAGGUAUUUUGUUCAGGAAAUCCCAGCUAUUGAUCAGGUUAUUGAUGGUGAGAUCCUGGCGGAAGACUUUGAUGAGGCCUGGGUUGAUGACCUGAAUGAUCAGGAGGAGUUCAAACCUGACCAUUCUGACGUCAGCUCUGAUGAUUUUGAGCUUGAGGAUAUGGACGAGGAGGAGCUGACUCUGCUAGCACAAGAAGCGGCAGAAGUUAAUGCAGAGGAAACGGGAAAGGAGUUAUUAGCGAACUUGUCUCUUCAACCGUACGACUUCCACGAGAAGCCCGUGGGCCACGCACAGUACCAAUUGUACAAAAGGUUGAUGGCUCCGCUCUACGUUGUGACCUUAGAAGAGCACGAUGAUGACUACAAGCGGGCGGAAUUCAGCAGCGAGGUGGUCGGCGUCUUCUCCAGCAAAGAGCGCGCCUUGAAGGUCGCCAUUCUGCGUCUCCUUGAAGAGCUGAAACAUCAUUUGUUCCGAAAUGAUGAUACGGAGGCGAAGGCCAUGAAACAAGAGCUGCAAGAGUUCUGUACGAGCUGCCAGGAGGAAUCGUUCAACGUCAGCGAGGGGUUUGAGAAACUCAAAGGCCUAGCAGAGAAGGCUUACGGGGAACCGGAGUUUACCAUGAAAUCCUCUGGCGUCAGGUGUUUUAAUCAGGAGAUCCCAGCCGUCGGUCAGACUGCCGCCUCCGCUGAUCACAUCAUCGACGGAGAAAUGCUAGAACCAGAGGACUUUGAUGAGGCCUGGGCUGACGACCUGAGUGACGUCGAAGAGUCUGAAGCUGACGAGUCUGAUUGCAGUUCCGAAGACUUUCGUGAGCUUGAGGAAAUGGAAGAGGACGAGGUAACUUUGUUACGGCAAGAAGCGGCGGAAGCGUGCCCGGAGAAAACGGGAACGGCGGCGUCUUGA